ACGCUUGUUGUUGUCCGGCCCGGGGAGGCAGAGGUCGCUCGCUCGUUCCUUUGCUUGUUCGGGCCUUGUGUGGCGGUCGGCGGGCAGGUCGGUCGCGGUAGUCGGUCGCCGUGCAGGGGCGAGGCUAUGUCGCGGUGGCAGCCCGGCAGGGCCGGCAGGGCCGGGAGUAACGGGACGUCGCCGCGGAGCCUCUUCCCCCGGAUACAGCGCGGCCCGAACGGAGGCCGCGGCGCCGCCCUCCGGUCCUGAGGAGCUCGCGCUGCCCGGAGCCCUCACCGCCUUCUUACCCGCGCCGACGUCAACCGGCCCGACCCGGCCCGGCCUGGCCACAGCGAGCGCUGCGCAAGCAGGCAGCACUAGCCCCUCCGAGCACAGGACCCCUUCCCCAAGGAAAUGAAGCUGUUGGAGAACUCGAGCUUCGAGGCCAUCAACUCACAGCUGACAGUGGAGACUGGAGAUGCCCACAUCAUCGGCAGGAUCGAGAGCUACUCGUGUAAGAUGGCAGGAGACGACAAGCACAUGUUUAAGCAGUUCUGCCAAGAGGGCCAGCCCCAUGUGCUAGAGGCACUGUCUCCCCCCCAGACCUCGGGCCUCAGCCCCAGCAGACUGAGCAAGAGCCAAGGUGGUGAGGAUGAGGGCCCAUUAAGUGACAAGUGCAGCCGCAAGACCCUCUUCUACCUGAUUGCCACGCUCAAUGAGUCCUUCCGGCCUGACUAUGACUUCAGCACAGCCCGAAGCCAUGAGUUCAGCAGGGAACCCAGCCUCAGCUGGGUGGUGAAUGCGGUCAACUGCAGUCUGUUUUCGGCCGUACGGGAGGACUUCAAGGCCCUGAAGCCACAGCUGUGGAACGCGGUAGAUGAGGAGAUCUGCCUGGCCGAAUGCGACAUCUACAGUUACAACCCAGACCUGGACUCAGACCCCUUUGGGGAGGACGGCAGCCUCUGGUCCUUCAACUACUUCUUCCACAACAAGCGGCUGAAGCGGAUUGUCUUCUUCAGCUGCCGCUCCAUCAGCAACAGGCCAGGGAUAGGCAGUCCUAAGACCAGUUCCCACACCUCCCCCAGUGGAUCCACCUAUACCCCCUCGGAGGCAGGCAACGAGCUGGACAUGGAGCUGGGAGAGGAGGAGCAGGAGGAGGAGGAGAGCGGAGGUGGAGGCAGUGAGGGCGGACCCGAGGAGACGAGCGCCAUGGAGGAGGACAGGGUCCCGGUGAUCUGUAUGUGAGGAUGAGGAACAGAGGCCCCAGCUUCAUUCAGCUUCAACCAGUGCCUGGAACUGCCCACUCGAGGGGCCCCAGGGCCUCCCCAGCUGGUGGUCAGCCCCUGGCCCUGCCACGGCUCCAGCGCCGCCCAAGGCCACGCCCACCUAGCCCUUUGGCUUCCGCCUACAGAUGUCUACUCACCCCCACAGGCUCCAGCUGCCCUAGUUGUGGUUGGCCUGGACAGCACAGGGCCUGCUGGGAAGAGCCACUGCCCUGUCCCAGUGAACUGACAUAGGCAGGGACAGCUGGACUACAGAGUUUAUUUUUGUAUUUUGUGCCGGAUCAGGCGUGGGCCUGCACACUCCAGCCCAAAGGGCCUGAGAUCCAGUCAGCAGGCCCCUACAGUCACCACCUUGGGCUUGGCCAGCCCCUGGCGCCCACCUGUACCCACCCCCCCCGCCACUUCGCCCAUUGGGCAGCGUGCACUGAGUGUCACUUUGCUGCAGCUGUUUGUUUCCAAUAAAAAUUUCUGUGACUUAA